GUGUCGGCUGAUCUGAUUGGACAAUGAAACGGCAUCGACGAAUUAGCGGCGACAUUGUAGAACUUGGAAAUUGAUGUUUGGUUUCCAGUUUAAAAAAUGUCGAUCAAUAGGGGCAUCGGCAGUGUCGAGUAUAUGCAAAAAAGAAUACCGAAAAACGCAAAGUAUCAACAUGUCAAAACACGGUUGGACACAGGAUGCAGCCUCACAAAAUACAUGGAAAGACUGGAGGAGAUUAAUAAAAAUUACAGGUACCGAAAAGAUGAAAUAUUCAAGCGAUUAAAGGUGACAACAUUUGCACAGUUGAUUCUUCAGGUAGCCUCUGUGUCAGGCCUGAAUGAAAGUGAGAAUGACAUUGAAUCACACAUCACAGAAGAUGAGUUGUCAGUGGUGUCUGCUGCAGACCUGGAGGGUCUGUCUGAACACACUAACGGCUCCCCACAGGAGUCACCUCGUUCAGAUCACCUGGAUGCAGGCAGCACCAGGGAUGGCUGCUGCACUGCCAGGUCAACACUGUUAAGUGUUAUCAGUGGUGUGGGAGAGUUGAAUCUCAUCAGGAACAAUCAGAAGAUGGAGACUGAGUUGCUGUGCAGCCACGAGCCUGCGGACAGGUCCUACCCCGACUGCCCCUACUUGCUGCUGGACGUACGGGACCGCGACCAGUACGAACACUGUCACAUCAUCAGUGCUCACAGUUUCCCAGUUUCCGUGCUGUCUCGGACAAUGAACCCCUACACCAAAGAAGUGCUGGAAUAUAAAAAUACUGCAGGGAGGAUCAUCAUUGUGUACGAUGAGGACGAACGAAUAGCCAGCCAAGCAGCCACCGUUAUGUGUGAACGAGGAUUUGAGAAUCUGUUUAUGCUCUCAGGAGGUCUUAAGGUAAUUGCUCAGAAAUUUCCAGAAGGAAUGACAACAGGUUCCAUCCCGACCUCAUGCCUGUCCUCUCCCACAUCAUCAAAGAGGAGGAAGAGCUCUGUGCAGCAGCAGCAGCAGCAGCCACAGGUCUCUAAAUCAGUCUUUGCAAUAUUGAUAUAUGAGCUGGCCAAGAUCCAGGAGCAGCUAGAAGAGAUACUCAUUCCAAGUAGCUCCAACAGCCACACAUCCAGCCGCAUGUCAACCAUCAGCUCCCAGUCUAAAGCAUCUAGUGCUCGGAGUCGACCGAGCUCUUUCACAGCUAGGAGGGACAGCGCCAGGGUUCAGAGCAGUAGACCCUGGAAAUAACCUCACCCCCUCAGCCGCACAGAUACACACAAAAUAACUUACCUCCAACACAAAGUCCAUUUAUUUCAGCUUACAUAACUCCCACUCCACUGGUGUAAAUUCUCUUACUGUACAGUCAGAGGUGGACAGGCUCUUUAUUACAGGAACCUGUUUUCUAUUUUCUCAUCUGUUUCUGGCACCCUCUACCAUCUUUUACUCCAAAAUAUCUAAGUUAGGACAAUUUUCUUCUAUCUGAGAAUCACACUGUUCAAUAAUUUGUUGCUCUAACCUCUGGCACAGAUGUUGAUUAUUAACUCUUUUAAAAUGUUGUGUUUUUCAAUUUUAGAAAUCACAUACAUAAUUGACAACACACAACAGCAGUAGAAUGUAAACUCUAGUCAAGGUUUUGACAUCUGGACAACAGUAAAUAUAAGAUUUUGAAUCGAAAACACAUGAAGGAAUUCUGUGAACAGCAUAGACGCUUAAAUUAUGCUCUCCAUCUUCACUACUUACAACUGAUGUCAGACUGUUUUAAAAUAUUUAAUAAAUUGUGUACAUUUGAAUGUUUGCACAGUGCCUCAUCUGUGAACAUGAAAAUUACUGUUUCAUAUAACAGUUUUCUGUUUUUCUCCAGCACAUGAAUCAGUAAUAUCUAUGUUGUUCAAGUUACAGUCUAUUAUUUCAGAAAGGUGAUGUUUAACUCCACCAGUAUGGAAGCCACCAAAUUAACAGCGUUCUUGAAAGAGUUACAGUUUUAUUGCUGGAUACACACUGGUUUAAUGUUGAUAUGACAUGAAGGAUAUGCUUGGAAUCUGUAUUACAUGAAAUGAAAUGUUUGUACAAAUAUUGUUGUAAAGUUUUGAAAAGUUGUGCUGUAUUUUUAUAAUAUGAUGGUUUAUUGUAAUUCCUUAACUGAUGGUGCACUGGCAGCCUUUAUGUACAACUUCUGCUUUCACUUAAACACUAAUGUGAAUGUGAACUGUGUGUGUGUGUGUGGAUCAAAGUACUGAACAUAGUGAUCACACUAACUGAUUAGUUGGAGCCUUCACACUGAUAAAUGUCUGUAACACAAAACUACGGUGUCACUAAAGGAAGGAAGUGGCCAUUUUGUAAUGGCUUUAACACAAUGACACACAGCACAUCAGUUCCCUCAAUGCAUUUAAAACAUAUGAAAAACAGUAUUGCUAAUUGGUGCCCUUUUGUUGUUCAGUGACUUGCGACUUUUCCCGUAAUACAAUCCCACAGUGUCUCCUAUGAAGUGCAUUUAAUGAACAUUUGGACUUCUUCGUAGUCCUUCUUUGUGGCAAAUGUUGUGUUGUCACCAUUAGUCUUAACUGGCUUUAACCAGCUGAUUAUGGUUUUGUUUGUAAAAGAGUGUAUAUGAAUAAAGUGCAUGAUUGCUUGCUG